GCCCACCGCCGCCAUGUUUUACUACCCGGCCGUGCUGCAGCGGCACACGGGCUGCUUCGGCGUCAUCUGGCUGGCGGCCACGUGCAGCUCGCGCGUGCUGCGGCGGGAAUAUCUCAGCGUGGACGUGCCGCGGCUUUGCGCGGCGGUGUCGGCGUUCGUGAGUGGCCGAGGCGGGUGGGAGGCCCCGCCCCCGCCGGCCGGAGCCCCGCCCCCUCGGUGCUCGCUGUACCUGGCGGCGCUGCUGCAGCUGGGGCUGGCGCGGGUCUACGGGCGGCAGUGCCGGUGCCUGCUGCAAGAGGCCGCACUGGUUCUGGCAUGGCUGCACCGGGUCCAGCUCCCCCGCCCUGCCCCAUAUAGAGCCCUAUAG